UUGGCAUAGACGCCAAAAAUGGCUGCGGCUGGAUUUGACGAUGUAAUUCUAAGAGAUCUAAAGUCACAUCUUGUCACGGCAAGAAUACCGAUCGAAAGUCUGUCUACAUUAGCAAGGCAAGGAGCGGAAGAGCUGGUGCAGAAAUUUCUUACUGAGAAUAUUAAUAUUGAAGGCUCAGGACUUCAGGCAAGGCAAAGUCAGCUUUAUAUUGCUUGUUUCUGGGGUAUCAGAGAGAUUGCUGAACAGCUUCUUCUCACUGGAGCAGACCCCAGUAAGCAAAACAAGGGAUCAUUGUGGACUCCACUCCAUGCAGCUACGUUUCAGGAACAUGGGCCGACAGUGAUGUUGCUUCUUGAAUAUGGGGCUCAGCCAGAACUUCCAGAUUCAGAAGGACGAACACCAAAGGACUUUGCAUCAGCUUCAGACAAAAUUUGGCCAUUGUUUGCUGCCAUGGGUUUGGAACGUACAACAAGAACAGAACUUAUCGAAAAAAGAAUCAUAAGAAAGGAAUCAGCUCAGACUUCUUCAAGAACAACAGGAUAUGGCAUUAAAAUGGCAGACUACUCAGGUCAGCUCGAAAAGUCUGGUGAACAAGAGAGCUUCGUCCAAGCUGCCAUGAUGGGUGAUGUUUUGGCUGAUGAGCAAGAUCACAGCAGACAGAGUCGAACAAUUAACCAGCCUCGCUUUUCGCUCUGGAACUAACCAGGUUAACUGCUGACCAUAUAUUGUGUGAUUUAAAAAUAUAUUGGCAAGCUUUAUAUUAUGUUGAGAAAGUAAUUUUCUUCAUUCAUCUUAAGGAAUUAAGCUUGUUACUACUAAAGUUCUGCUCCAGAAAUGCCUACAUUACGAACACAUCAAACAUUCAGACACUUCAGUAAGUGCACGAAAGUGCUAUCAAAAGGUUAGCUUUUCCACUUGGGAAAUUUGUUUCUUUGUGAGAUUGUGACGACUGCACUUUGCAUCGUUCACAGAAUCUUGGAUUCGAUUUAGCUUUUUCGUUUAUCAACUGCCAAUCUUCUUUCACCUGGGCUUUAUAAGAACGGUACUAACGUGUAUCGUUUUGUCGAGGCUUUUUUUGUACCAUCCAGCAUUACUAACUGAAAUAUAUUUGUCAAGCAUCCUCAAGGCGCAUAAGUUUGCUUCCCAUUAAUGUAAAUAAAAUUACUAUUAUCACAUUCAUAACGUCGCGAUAUUAGCAAAACAAAACAGUAUUACACUGCUUUUUUAAGUUUACGACUUGCUUGGAUUUGUAUUUUAUGUGUGUUUCUGUAUUCAGAUUGAAAUCAUUUGUGGCUCAGUACCCAAUUAAUUACUCAUAUUUUUCAGUAUUACGUGAGGUCAGAGCUAUUUUAUAUCGAUAUCGAAUUUAAUUGAGAUGUCAAUCCAACUCCGUCUCAAAUGUAUCUUACAGUUCUAUUUCGAGUUCUGUUAUAUGGCCGACAAAGUAUCGCUAGAAAAUCCGUCCUCCUGUUCAUGAAACUGAGCUGCCGCAAUUCGGAUACAUCGAGAUAAUCGGAUAAAUUAGCAACCGUUUAACAAUCUGGAAUGAACAUUUUGUAAUACAGCCUUUUAAAGGAGUCGUGGAGAAAUGUUGUCUUCUCUUUAAAGAAAGGGUUGACGCAUAUUUGGUCGUUACUUCCAGCACAUUUUGUUUUCAAAAUCAGUCAGUGAGAGCAACACAACGAUCACGUUUUACUCGACAUCGAACUUUGAGAGGUCGACUCACGCUUUGCAGUGACAUUGAGAUUUCAGAUUGCGAUCAUCGGUCUGCAAUCCAAUUAGACAGUUGUUUGGGCUUCACUGUUAAAGUCUCUGGAAGCACGACAAAGACUCUCUGCAGCAGACAUAAAAUAUUGACUGGAUAAAAAUCUGUCUAAUUUGUGAAUGAUUGAGAUACGAAAGCGGAAUUUUUAAAAUGACUAAGUAAAAAAAGAUUUCGUAGGAUAAGUUUAAAAAAGGAGGGGAAAAUGAGAAAAAUGUACAGAAACAGCACAAAUACAAGCGAAAUGUCUCUUGUCGCUGUCAUGAAGCUAAAUGAUUCAAGAAGAUAGCCCCAGAAUGCAUCGCUCUGCCUUCUAAUUAUUGAUAGAAAGCUCUUGAUUAAGUGCUUGUUUAAUAGUGUCGUCUGAUUACGCCCGGUGAAGUGUUCACUCUUGCAGCUUGCCUGUUAGGGCGCACGCUAGCCCAAGCUCGGCUUUGUGUCCCUGCAUAUGAGAUCCUUUUUUUAUAUUUUGGAAAAGUUUAUUUCUCGGGUGGAAUUUUUUUGUUUGUCCUUGAUAAUUCUCUCACGAACCAGUACUUUCGUAAUUGCGUGAUAGCCACUCGUUUCAUAGUGUACAUUAGUUUUGACAGAGGACUGUGUGGGUUGCACAUGAGCAGACCUACCCCGGGGACUUAUUAUAGUUGUCUGUCUGAUUUUAUUCAAAUGAUCUGUGUCACAAGCGUACAUUCGUGCGUGCGUGAGUGCCUAAGUAUGUGUAUGCUUGCGUGCGCGCGCGCGUGUAUGUGUGUGUGUUCGCGCGCACGUUCGUGAGUUCGCACGUGGGCCUAUUCGUGUCUUUUGCACAUAUUAUCAUGCCUGAAUGUUGCGUUACUGUUUGUAAAACUGCCAUACCUCGCAUCUCAGUGUCAUUAAAGUUAGACUCAGAAACCAAAUAUGGGGCCGCAUACUGUUUUCUGGUAACUCAACUAUGAAUGACAUUUAACAGGAAACAAAUGAUAAGAGAGUGGGUAACACGGCUAUUUCGAGGUACGAUGUCGUAGUACAAUAGUAAAUGUCUUGUACAUAUUUUCAUCUUGACCUGUACACUUGAGCCAGUCUUGACCUUAUCUGAUACACCGAAACACUGUAAUAUUAUGUAUCAUUUUUCUUGGUUUGAAAGUGAGAUUCUAGCAAUAUAUAAAAUCUGCUGUGUCGCCGGAGUGAAUGUUUCUAAAAUUGUAAGAUUAUCGAAGUGCGUUAAUAAAAAUAAAAUGUUUCUGUA